AUGAGUUGGAAAGGAUUUCAAAAAGCCGUAGCAAGAGCACCUCAGCAAGUUAAAGGAAAGCUGAACAUUGGGGAAAACACUGUAGAUCAGGUUUAUAUGGAAAUAGAGUCUCAAUUUAGAGGACUUGAGCAGAAAUUGAGAAAAUUAUCUAAUAAUGCUAAAAGGUAUAUUGAAGCUGUUUCUGAUGUUUUAAAUUACCAGCUUCAAUUUUCAGAGGUCAUUGAAGAAAUUUAUAAACCAAUUACAGGAAAAGUAGCAGAGACAGAAAAUCCAUUUUCUGAAGAAUAUAAUGAUGCGAUCAAGGCCACUGAAGGAUAUCAAAUUAUUGUUAAAGAGCUUCAAGAAACGCUUACUCCAGAACUAGAAAUGAUAGAACUACGAAUAAUUAAGCCUACCAAUGAAUUAUUAUCGAUUGUUAAUUCAAUAUAUAAAAUAACAGAAAAGCGAGAAAGGAAACGCUUGGAUUAUGAUCGUCACAGAGCUAACUUAAAAAAACUUCAAGAUAAAAAAGAAAAAACUCUAAAAGAUGAAAGAGCUCUUUAUAAUGCAGAAAACAUGCUCGAGCAGAGUACUCAAGAAUAUGAAUAUUACAAUAAUUUAUUGAAAGAAGAACUUCCGAUGCUUUUUGAUUUAGAGAGUAGUUUUAUUCGGCCAGUGUUUCAAAAUUUUUAUUACAUGCAGCUUAAUAUAUAUUAUACCCUUUAUGAGAAAAUGAAACAUAUUAACAUUAGCUAUUUUGAUUUUGAUAAAGAAAUUAUUGAAGGGUUUGAAGCAAAACGCGGCAAUAUUCAAGAAAUAACAGAAAAUCUUGGUAUUGUAAGAUUUACACUGAAUAGAAGAUCUCGAUGUAUUUCUGAUUCUGAAAGCUCUAAAAUAUAUAAAUCAGCUCCUACAAUAUCUCAAACAGAAUCAAAUACACAUUCUGAUGGAUUACCUCCUUACUCUGAGAUACUUGAUUCACGUGCUUUUGAAACAAAUUAUAGAAACAAUACUAUUGAAAAAGUAAUACCUCCAUCUCUUCCAAGUAAACCAAAUGCAUUUAAAACAAAAAAAUAUGCAGUAGCAUUGUAUGAUUAUAAGGCACAAGAAGAAGGGGAUCUUUCUUUUAGUGCAGGAGAUAAAAUUGAAAUUAUAAAAAGAACAGAGAAUACAAAUGAUUGGUGGGUCGGAAAAUUGAAUGGUGUUGAAGGAGUAUUUCCAGGUAAUUAUACAGUACUAGAAUAA